UCACUUGUAAAGUAUCUCAAUUUUUUUUUUUUUUAUAAAUGGGACGAUGAACCUUAGGUCCCUACUCCACACAAAAUCAAAAUGCAGAUUCAUCAUACUCAAACCCUAGUUUCUUCCCCUAAACCCUUCAAUUUAAUUCAUUUUUCAGUUAAGAAAACCCCCAAAUUGAAUGUUGCAGCUUUGGGGAGUCGUGUUUUGAAGGCAAAUGAGGGUUUGAGAUGCAAGAACCGCAAUGUGAUAUGCUCGGCUGCUGAUCGACGGAGUUUUGAUAAUGAUGCGAAACGGAAAAGAAAAGUAGUUGAACAUGUGUGUCUACUGAAAGGGAAGGGGGACUUAUCCGAAGAACAGGAGAAAGAUAUGUUGGAUUACCUUUAUACAACCCAAUAUCAAAUGGGUGGUAUUGUUUCCAUCUCAUUAGGACGUGUCUCUGGUGGGAAUGAUGAUAAAUAUAGCCACUCUAUCUACAUGCGCUUUCAAAGAAAGCAGGAUCUAUUGAAGUUUUAUGAGAAUCAAUUCUAUGUGGGUGUCCUCAGGGACCAUGUUGUGCCUUACUGCCAUGAGAUUAUCAAUGCCGACUUCGAGUCUGAAGUAGAAGAUGACAUGCUGUCAAUAUUUCGAAAAGGGGAGGAGUUCAACUAUGGUGUUGAGCUUGUACUUCUCAUAGCAUUUUGUAAGAGUUCUUUGGAUGGUCCUGCCGAAGAUGCUCUGCUCGCUCUGUCAAAGCUGACAAUGGAUUUCCCAUCCUUGAUCGUUCAGGCUACCAUCGGUUCAAAUUUUAACAUUUCCAGUGCAGAAUAUACUCAUGGUGUAGUAAUACGAUUUCGCUCUUCGGAGGCCUUCCAGAUGUUCAUGAACAGUUCAGAAUACAAUAAUAUGUGGAGAUCUAAAUUUCAGCCAAUUGUCCAAAAACAUCUUUCUGUUCAUUUUUCAAUUGAUCCAGUGGGCACAGAGCUUAUGUAGCAAAAAUUCAUCCCAUUGCUGGUUCACUCGUGCUUCUUUGACCUGAGUUACAUGUAAAUCUUUUAAACAUCUUAUUUCUUAUAUUGACCAACCAUGGUGCCUUUGAGAUGCCUUUAUUACGCGUUGAAUGCUUCUUCUGGACAAUCAGCAGGUUAGCAUCUAAAACACUACAUUAUUUAUAUGUGUUCUGUUCAGCUUUGCCUCAUCAACUACAUUAUUUAGUGAUUAUGUAGCAUCUUUUAUGGCUUUUGCAUCAUUUUUCUGUUUUAACUGAACUGGAAAUAAUCUCUUCCAGUUAGUAAAUCACUGUAAUACAACAUGUUUAGUUGCAUGACAUACAUGCUAUGUAUACGGUAGUAUAAAUUCAAUGGCUUGUGUAAUCUUGUGGUCGUUAGGCUCCAGUUACUUACUUGAAGAUCUUGCGGGAAAGCAAAAUGUGUUAACAUAUUCAGAUAUUCUACUAAAGAUUUUUUUCCAGAAUGUUAGAAAUAAGCCUCGUUGAAAGCCCAUCUUUUUAGUUUUUAUCAAGGAGCACAGUAGCAAAACUAUGUAGCGGACUUUUGAUUUCGAGGGUCGAAGAAGUCAUUUUUUGAGAUCCAUUAAAUAAUUUUGCAUCUUUUAUGUGUUUCUCAUGGCAGACAUAAUUCUCACGGGUUAGGGAAAAAGUUAAUCUUUCGAUUGCCUCAUAUCAAGAUUGUCAUCCAUCUCUGAAUUCACCUCAAAAUACUUCAAAAUGAAAUAUUGGACUGCUUGGAGAACUUACUAAUAGAAUCUUCUUAUGUGGAUGUAAUAUAGUACACAUUAUUUUUAAAAAAAAAUUGUAUCACAUCUGAUGGAUCGAAAAGCUAACUGGCUUCUUCACCAGUAAGGCUAUUAUUGCUUAAAUUGUUUAUUAACCAAGCUUAGAUUGAAAUUAAGGAAGAUUAAUUUAGCUUAUUUGCUGCUUUUGAAUCUAGCUAGUUGACUUCUGUGCAUCAGCCACAGUUUUUGUUUUGAAUGGACAUAGUUUAAUCAAAGUCAGUGAGUGAUCCCAAUGUGAUUGGUUAUUAGCUA